GUAUUCCAUCUAUCUCCUAACUUUCUUCUGCCGUUUAUUUUCCUAGAUAUUAAGCAUGGCCUAUGGUAGAAGAAGCACCGCUUCUUCAAUCUCCGAGGCCUUCACAGACCUCAGUCCUCUUCCAUACCCGGUCCUGCUCAUCCUAGGAUUGAUCUUCAUCUUCCUGGGCACAUCAUGGUACUUCAGCUUGGAGGAUUUCGUGGAAAGCACCGAGGAGCAGCUGGGCUGGAUUCUAUUGGCCGCGCCGCUGGUCUUGCUUCUCCUGGUCCGGUGGUUGCCGACGUCCAUGGAAGACUCAGCGGGCUUCUUCGCCACAUCCCCGUGGGACAGGCGGCGCCGAAUGUAUCGCCAGCCCACCGAGGGAAGCUCACCGUGGGGGGUCGCCGCUUUGAUUGUUUUGCUGCUUGUUUUGAUGCAAUACCAGUCUGCCUUCCAAGAAAGCUGGUUUAACCCUUUUUGAGCAAUCAAGCCUUGGUGUAAGAUCUUUUCUUUACCGAGAUAGGUUCUCUUUUAUGCAAAGUCUUUCAUUUGUUUUCAUUAGGUGGGAAAAAAAGGGUAUUUAGAGUAUAGUGCCAAGGUUGGUGUAUAUAUUGUAUGGCCUUGUUCUUGUUUUAGUUACGUACAUGUAAUAAUACGGUUUGUCCAGAUAUUGUAGAUAUUCGUGGCAAACUUUUAGCUUCUUGUGAACUCCGAUCCGGUCCACAAGGGCUUUGGGUGCUUUGGCUAAUGAGAAACAUGAUAUUCUGAACAA